UUCCCCGAUGUCCCAACCAUUGUUUACAGUGUUUAGCAAGUGGAGCAGAAUCCACAUAAAGGCAUCACUUUCUAAUACAAUGGAACUUUCGAGUCUUUCUUGAUUCUAAACGAGUCAAAAAAAUAGUUUAAUUACAAAAUGUGUAUGAACUUUUAUCAAUCGAAUCAUUAUUUUAAGAAAUACGAAACUUCUUCGCCUACCAAAGUCCAAACCCUUUUCCGCCAUUUGUUUUUCAUGCAUAAAUUCACCCGAAUUAUAGACACAGAAAUAUAAGACUACUACGUUUCUUGUGUUCUAUAGCGAAGAAUCAACAAUCUGUUCCAUUUACAAUGGCUUCCUCUGUUUUCUUCUUCACUUUUUUCAUACUGUUACAAAUUUCACUAUCUCAUUCGAGUUUGAUUCUACCGUUAACCCACUCACUUUCCACAACCCAAUACAACACCACCCACCACCUUCUCAAAUCUACCGCCGCCCGUUCCGCCAACCGCUUCCACCACCACCGCAACCACCGCCAAGUCUCCCUCCCGCUCACCCCUGGCAGUGAUUACACCUUAUCCUUUUCACUCGGUUCUCAAACUAUCUCUUUGUAUAUGGAUACUGGCAGCGACAUUGUGUGGAUUCCUUCUCACCCUUUCGAUUGUAUACUCUGCGAAGGAAAGUAUAACCCUAUUUCAGUCCCCAAUCCCGGCCCUCUCAAUCUUACCUCAGCCACACCAAUCACCUGUAAACAUCGUUCAUGUUCGGUAGUCCAUUCCUCUGCACCUUCCUCCGACCUCUGCGCCAUGGCGAAAUGUUCAUUAGAAGAAAUCGAAACAGGGGACUGCAAAUUGUCGCCCUGUCCACCUUUUUACUAUGCAUAUGGCGAUGGAAGCUUCAUUGCAAAGCUUUAUGAAGACACUUUAUCAAUUCCGAUGUCAACACCUUCUUUUAAUCUGAAAAAGUUUACGUUUGGUGUUGCGCAUAGUGCUCUUGGUGAGCCUAUUGGUGUCGCCGGCUUCGGGCGGGGGCCUUUAUCUUUGCCGGCUCAACUAGCCCGCGAUUCUCCUGAUAUAGGCAACUAUUUUUCGUACUGUUUGAUAUCGCACUCGUUCGACACUACCCAUGUUCUUCGCAGGCCGAGUCCCCUCAUUCUGGGACAUAGAUACUCGGGGGAGGAAAAAAGCAAAAAUGAGUUAACCAUGAAUGAUGACAACGGAGUUGUUUAUAGCUACACCCCAAUGCUUGAAAAUCCAAAGCAUCCCUAUUUUUACAGCGUUGGGUUGGAGGCAAUUUCAGUGGGGAAGAGGAAAAUCCAAGCACCCAAUAGCAUGAAAAGAGUUGAUAGAAAGGGUAACGGCGGAAUGGUGGUGGAUUCCGGUACCACUUUCACUAUGUUACCAGCAAAGUUCUAUGACUCGGUAAUGAGGGAGUUUGACACCCGGGUUGGCGCGUUUUACAAGCGGGCGAGUGAGGUCGAGGACCGGACUGGACUCAGUCCGUGUUAUUAUGGUGAUGUCAAAGAGAAAAAUUUCAGAAAUGUACCUCAAUUGUUGUUGCAUUUGGGAGGGAAUUCAACCGUGGUGAUGCCGAGAAGGAAUUACUUUUACGAGUUUUUAGAGAAUGAUGGAAAGGUGAAGCGGCGCGUAGGUUGUAUGAUGCUGAUGAACGGUGGCGCUGUGGCAGAUGAGGAUGAUUCCGGCGGGCCGGCGGGGCUGUUGGGGAAUUACCAGCAGCAGGGGUUUGAAGUGGUUUAUGACUUGGAGAAAAAACGGAUCGGGUUCGCCCGGAGGCAGUGCGCAUCUUUGUGGGAUAGUCUGAACUAGCGCUAACGUGCGCAUAGGAGAAAAGUCAAAAUGGGGUGUACUUUGACUUAAGGUCUGGUCAAACGGGCCAUGGGAUAGAUCGGGUCAUGCAUAUCUUUUGCUUCUGAUAUAAUUUUCGAUGGUAAAGUGUUGAUAAAUACUGGGGGAUAAUAAAACUGUAAAUUUUUGUCGAUAAUAAUAUAAAACUGUAAAUUUCAAUUUGGUCCAGCAAUAAUUCGUCCAA